AGUAACGUGUACUGCAGAGCCGACUCUCUAAAAGAAAGCUGACUAUCUCAGGAGAGAUGGAGGAAAUCUAUGUCAAUGUUCAACAUGGCAAGUCAGUCAACAGAAGCUCUUCAACAAUUCAAACAGGUCCAAAGAGCUCUGAUGGGAAGUUUCACAAAGCUGUUAUUCUUACUUUGGGGCUGCUGAGUGUUUCCCUGUUGGUUGGGCUCAUUGGCCUUGGUCUGCACUAUCACAGUGAAGCUGCACAUUUCUCUUUUCUCAAAAACAACCUGACUGAGCAUCUCCAGGCCUCUAUUAAUGCAAUGUCAUUCAUGACCAGAGAGAGAGACCUGCUGAAUUCAAGCAUCACUGAGUUAAAGAAAGAACUAAUUUUAACCAGACAGAGAGAGAAAACUUGUCCAGCAGGAUGGAGGAUAUUUAGUAGUUCUUGUUAUUUCCUCUCCAAUGACUCUGGUUCAUGGACAAGAGCCAGACAGGACUGCAAAGACAAAGGAGCAGAUCUAGUUGUCAUUGACUGCAACAAGGAGCAGUUAACAAAGUCAGAAACAUGGAGCUGGAUCGGUUUGAUGGAUGGGAGCAAUGAGGGAACGUACUGGGAGGCUGAGCAGCCUGAUAACGGUGGUGGUGAUCCAAAGUGGGGUGAAGAAGACUGUGCACAUAUUAGAACUGGCAAGGAUACAGAAGAAAACUGGAACGACCGCUCAUGUGAUGCUACUCUGAGGUGGAUCUGUGAGAAACUGGCUUAG